AUGACGGAUGUUGUACAAGCUGUGGCUGUCAGCUCCUCGGUCAGCAUCUCCGUUCCAAGUAGGGAUGGGUAUGCUCGCAGUGUCAGUCUCCCGAAACCUACCGUAGCUCUUCGUGAGCAUCCACUGACCAUCACCGACUCGCAGCUGUUCCUGGGAAGAUUUGGCGCCGCGGUUUGCACUUUUGAGAAGUGGCGCCAGAAACAACAGGAACGGCGCAUAUGCGAAAAACCGCGCAUUCAUCAGGAUUAUGGGGACAGGCCAAGGAGGAAGGGGGAGAAAGGGGACAGGCGUGAUCUUCAUCAAGAGUUCGUUACAUAUCAAGGUGGUGUUCCAAGGAGGAAGGGGAGAAAGGGGACAGGCGUGAUCUUCAUCAAGAGUUCGUUACAUAUCAAGCGACAUGAUGAAAAAGUUGUUUGUAUGCCAGCAAAAGUUAUGCAGUCAUUCAUUAUGAAGGAGAAAAGAAAAGAACUUGAAAAGCGGAGGUCAGCUGUAGACUGCAGUUUUAUGCUUGGAUUUGCGUGCUCAAUGCUGCCGUUUGCUGUGCCCAGGCCCGGCGCAUAUUCGGGGUGCUUUGCAGUGCCUGGAAACCCAUUGUCAACACUUCACCAAAAUUGGAGACAUUCACUGCCAACGCAAUUGAUAGACCGCCGCAGACCCACCUUGAAAACUCACUUGCUCCUUUGCGAUCCGUAUUUCCAUGUCACCCCUUGUUCCCACACCUCACAAAGUAUCCACUCCGCAACCAUUUCUGCUGACACAGAAUCCACAUCUCAACUGAUCCCCACUGGCGGACAGCGCGAAAUCCAACACAAUCGAGAAAGUGUUGACCUACACAUCGAAACAACCACGGCCAUGCCUCCAACGAGGUUCCCAAGCUUCGACAGUCUCGAACUUCAUAGCUACGUCCACGACGCCACUAUGGCACCAAGAGCCAUCUCCAAAUCCGAGUACGACCGCCUGACGACUGAGACCGCUGAGGCUCAAACACGAAUCAAUGGCGUUAUCAAGGGGGUCUGCUCUAAGCUCCCCUCUGAGCUGCGACUAAAGAUUCUUGAAGCGUACUUACACUCCCAUGACAUGGCCCUAUUCACGAUGUGGCCCGGAGCAGCCCGCCUCUACAUUCCGGACUCGUUUGGCAUCAGAAGAAAUGUCCAGGCCGAUGGAUCAAUUGACUUCCCUGGGAUGUGCUCAGCGAUGGCCGGAUUCCUCAUGAAGAGACUCAAAGAUCAGGCCUACAUGUCCUCCAUGGCAGAAGAGUCACCAGCACAAGUGCAGGCAGUGCUCCAAGAGAUGGACAUCGAGUGCGCUAAGAUGCUUCCCAAGCAUACCAUCCACCAAUUCGCGGCGACAUUUCCCACCAGAGCUCAACCCACUCGAACCCCCAUUCCACGUAAGCUGCGUCACUGCACCGACAAGAUCUUUCACAUCAAUCUCAAGAUCACCCUCCAGCAGACGUUCCAGGCACUCUACCCUGUCGACCUCUACGCUGCGAUCAAUGGUAUUGCUCAUAUCAAGCAACAUUUCCCAUCCUUGAUCUCGCUAAGAGUCAUGCUGUGCGACCUUGGAAGUAGCUACUACGGUGUGCAGGGGGCGACUCGCUCUCUAUUCCGAUCCGGCUACAUGUCUCCAAACUGCCAGAACAGGUACACGACUAUUGAGGAGGAGAUGGAGAGACUCGUGGUCGAGAUGCACAAGAUCCCAGGCAUCAAGAGAUCCAUCGUCUGGUAUGAGUCUGAAGAUGCGCAAGCAGCUCGUCAGGAAGCCAGGGCACAACAGAGCGACUUGACUGGGCUGAUGGUCGCGAAGGGAGAGCAAAGCCAGGAGAUGACCGCUGCAAAGGUGGUGGAUCGGGCGAUCCAUGCUGCACCAUCGGCGCCUAAGCGCGAUCAACUACGUUCGCCGGGUGAAAUACUCACGGGGCAGGGCUUCAUAGGAAGAGCGACAGCCUACGAGAGAAAAUACUAUCGCUAUCACCUGAAGCAAGCAUGCUACAACUGCCUGGCCAGUCGAGUUACUACAAGUAGCUUGAUCCACACUCGACGGAUCGUCCCGCCAAGAUCCCUGCCUUCACCCCUGUCCAGUCAACAAAUAAUACAUCUCCGACUCGAACCACGAUUUCAACAACCACGCGCAACAUCCAAAGUCGCAACUAUGCCUCCCAUCCGUACCCCCAAUUUCGAGUUCGCCAAACAGGCUCUGGGCCUAGAAGUCAAGCAGCCGCCCCUCAGCCCCGACGAAACACACCACAUCAAAGCCCUGGUCGGCUGCAAGAGAAUCGUCGACGAGCACAUGGCCACCGCCCGCGCCCUCGAAGUAGAAUAUCUGGAGAAGCUCAACCUCGUAUCGCCAAGAACCACGCUUCGCCUCUUCGCCGAAUGGCUCGCCAACAUCGCCACGUACAUCAAUCGCAACGGCGACGCCUCCCUCCUCGAACAACAUAUCUUGCGCGAAGUCGCAAAUUUGAGAAUUGCUGCCGAGCAGACUCAGCCUUUUGAGAACCGGAAGUCGCCAUGUAUUACUAUUGGCGCGCCCGUGCAGUGGAAGACGGUGAUCAGGGGGCCGGUGAUUGGAGGGAGGUUGAGUUCGGCGUUGGUGGAGUGGAUGUUUAAGCGGACAAGGCUCUAUCUUCCGCAUCUUGCUAUGGAAUGCUUCAUUCAUCGGACUGUGUUUGAGAUGGCGGUGGAGACGGAGGGGGCUUUGCUGGGUAUGCUGGAGGAAGCGGAGGAGGCAGAGGAGGCAGAGGAGGUUCAAUGGAACUCGAGUCUAAGAGAACGAGAAAUGCGGUGGCGCUGGAGCUGGGACAGGGCAAACGAGGUGGACAUCGACUGCCGAUAUUACACAAAUCACAUCCACCCACAACUGACUCUUGCUUUGCAAAGUAUCAUCCAUUUUCAAUGGACAGCCAUGACCUUGCGCAAAUUCCACCCGCCUGAAGCAAGGAUAUGUGGAUCUAUGUAUUGCGCUCUCCCAUCGCUUUACAUCUAUGCUACCAUUGAUUACUGCACGAAGACUCUCUCCAGCAUUGCUUAUUUACAGCGCGACUUCCAUCACGAGUCCUUUCCUACGCGUCCAUGGUCUGAUCCGAAUCACGUUGACAAGGUGCUCAGGUCAAGACACGGUUUUCAUCAAAGACAGUUCUUGCUUCGGCUGAAAAACUGGUUAUCUACAGGAAUACAUUCAGACAUCGAGCACAUGCUAUCAUUUGGGCAUCUGACUGGCAAGGCGCCCACCCCUGACUUUGGCCCAUUCCAGCAAACUUGUCUCAUUGGAAUCAAAACUCUCACACCAAGUAUACCGAGAAGCAAGCUUCGGAGCGGCUUCUCUUCUCAUGCUGAACAUUGCAACCAUAGGACUUAUUUUGGACAUUUAUCCCAGCACCGCGCACUGCCGAGUGGCAUCCCCGACAUGAAACGUUACAUUCAGACUACAUUAUUCCAUGCAGCUCCUGACGCUCAGGGCUUGUAUUACACUGCGCAACAAGAUUUUAUCAGCGAUGGUUCUCGAUGUGCUUUUCGACCAUUCAAAGUCAACACCUGCAUUAACAGAAGGUGGAAGUCUCAGUACGACACCACGACGCUCACUGCGCAUUCAUUUGGUGAAAACGAGGGCCAUAGCACGAAGUAUAGAGCGUCUUGCGAUGACUAUAAGUUCAUCGCCUCUGGCACACUGGACGACACGGCGGACCUUGGUGUCUGCAUCAGUAAGAACGCGAUGUCCUGUUUUCAACUACCGCUUGAAUCGCACACGACUUUCUGCGCAGCUCACGAUACCCCGAGCUUUUUCGUCAAGGAUAGGCGAGCCCAUCAAGGCCACGCCGAAAAACUGGAUCCCAGUAUACGGCCUGCGAUGUCCAUGACUGCUUCCUCUACUCCUGUCAAGCUGGGGAGAAUGACACGACCGACAUCUAGAUUGGAGCCGGACUGUCUCCGAGGCCUGCCCGUUGAUCGAUGUUGCCGCUCUCUGUCUCAACUCUGGCAGCUUCAGGUCGCCAGCACGAUGAGAUUCCUGAUGAUCUAUAGAACUGGAAAGAACAAAUGUGGAAUACCUGCCCAGCCUAGAGCCAUCCAUUUCUCGGCCGCACAUGAUGCCGAAACCUUGGUGAUCACGUUUUCACAAAGCUUUGUCCUCUUCCUACCUCCCGUGGGUCUUGGCAAGCCUGUCACUUGUGCAGAUCUGUACUUCACUGGCAUCUUGCGGACAUUUCAUAGCCUCUCUCCAGCUUCUGUCGUCUUGAUCCGAUACACUGACCACUGCUUGCACUCGAAAGCUCUGAACACGUAUUACACGGAUCAAAGACAACCAACGGCCUCAUUUCAAGAGCCACAGCGCAAAAACCAACCGAUUAUAGCCCAAUUCAAGAACUCCGCUGAAGAGCUUCGCCAGCGAGCGGACGAGCUCGUCAAUAAGUAUCGUCUCCUCGAGGGACAAUAUGCAGCUCUACCGUUGCACCGCCGCCGCAAUCUGAAAGCUGGUACUUCUUGGGAGACAUUCUGCGCUGCUGCAAUCUUCGAAGGACGCAUCUCACAGUACUGCCGCGAGGAAGAUGGCUCUUUUGAUAUUCUGCAGACUCUUGUCAAGCAGUCGAGGGACUUCCGGCAGGAGAUGUUCCCGGUUGCUAUACCAUGGUUCUCGGACUUGGCGGCCGUCUAUCAGCGAGCGCAUGACGAAGCGCGUAGCUGGACGACCUACACUCUGAAUCAAGAGCAGGUCGGGCUUGCGAAGCUGAAGUGGAAGUAUGAGCAGGCCAGCAAGCUUCUCGGCCACCUGAAUCAUGCACCUACAACUGCUGCAGAAACAUCAUCUCGAGGGAUGGAGUGUUUUGCGCAAGCGUGCAAGAGUAUCUCAAGUGGUAUGCAGGAGCAUGCAGCACUAAAGGCGGCAGAAGAUGAGAUGGAGCGAUUCAGCUACGACGACGACCAUUUCAUGGCGACUGAAGGCGUGCGGGAGUGGUUCUCAAUCGAUCUCCGCAUGCCCGCUUGGCCAUCCGCAGAUCCUCCGCCAGACUUCACAAGAUGGCAGCAGGGCGGUGUCCCUGCCAGCCAGCCUGGAGUUGCUUCAGGUUCAUCCACGUCUACGCCGAGGAUGUUCGAUUUCAGCCAGGCGUCUCAGUCAUCAAGCAGCAAGGCAGGCGGAAUCUGGUCGGAGCGAACGUCCGGACUCAACGGUUCUCAGCAGAACGGGACAACUGCUGGAGGAUGGUGGGACAAGAACAAUCCUCAGAGCUCGCCACAGGCCCAAAUGCCGCCACCACCGCGGCCAGCUCCGAAGGUGGACCACAAAUCACGUCUCGCCGAGUACGAUGCACACUGGAAGUCCCUUGCGCCACACGAUAAGCAGUUCCCAUGCCCAAACUCGACUUUCAGCAUGCCCAGCUUUCAGAACCGCCAGGAACUGCCAUACAAUCAGCAGAAAGUCGCACAAUGGUCUCCGGCAACGGUCAUUGGGGUCAUGACAAAGCGGUUCUUCACGGAUGCGUUUGCGAUUCGGACUACACUCAUCACAUUUUCGGACGACCCAACCAGCGUUGACUUCGAAUUGCAGAAGAAGAAUUCGGCAACCACGGUAGUCGCGCUUCGCAAGACACUUAAGAUGGAGAGUGUCAAGUGGCAUCCAGACCGAUUGAACCGUCGUACCGGAGUGCCUGGCCAGAUCGAUGAGUCGAUUGGUAAAGCGCCUGGUAAUGUCGCGAUCCGGUCCGCCGUCCAGGAGCUCAUUGAGCAAUGCGACAAGUUUGUUCAUGGAGCGAAGGAUUGGAAUCCGGAUGAGACAAUGGGGUCUUGA